AUGAGUGACACGCACAUCGAUGACCGAAGCGAUGCCCGAUUGAGGGAAGCCAUCGAAAGAUUGCCCGAUAAAGAGCGGGCUAAAGGUAUCAGCUUCUUCGAGCAACAUAAAAACGCUCAGGCAGUCUACGAUGCCCUUGACAGCUCAGUCUCCUCUUCUUCAUCAGAGAAUAUUACGGAUACGUUGUUACGGAUGAUGCGGUUACGGGAGAAGGCCAUUGAGGUGGAGCAAAAUCCUACACCAAGCUUCAAGGGUGCUCUCGACCAAUACACCUUCGCACAGACCCCAUCGCCAAACAGACGCGUCACAAGAUGGUUGAGUUCGAUUGAGACAUCUCCUACACCUGCGGUUACGUCAACCUGCAAAGUCCCUACCCCAGCUAUGUCUUCGCCUACCCGGAAAGCAUCAUCUCGAGCAACCUCACUGAAACGCAAAGCUACCGAGCCUGCCUCUGCUUCGCCCUCUCCCUCGAAAAAGAAGAAGCGCCCGUCCUCAUCCUACGCCCCGCCGUCAAAAUACGCCUAUCUAACCAACCACCUCACCGACUCCCUUGCCCCAAACUUGAUCUGCAUAUUCAUCGGCGUCAAUCCGGGCAUACGCACUGCAACCACCGGCCACGCAUACUCCCAUCCAUCCAAUCUCUUUUGGAAACUCGCUUAUAGCUCAGGCUGUACGCCGCGCCUUUGCAGGCCGGAAGAGGAUCAAGAUCUACCGCGAUUGUACGCGUUGGGACAUACGAAUAUCGUGAGCAGACCUACGAAGGAUGCGGGGGAACUGAGUAAGAGCGAGAUGGACGAAGGCGUGGCAAUUUUGGAGGAGAAGAUUAGGAAAUGGAGGCCGGAGAGUGUGGCAAUUGUAGGGAAGAGUAUUUGGGAGAGUGUUUGGAGAGUUAGGCACAAAAAGAAGUGUGGAAAGGAUGAUUUUAGGUAUGGGUGGCAGGAUGAUUCAGAGAGGAUGGGUAUUGUGGGGGUUGAGGGUGAAGAGGGAUGGCCUGGGGCGAGGGUUUUUGUGACGACUACUACUAGUGGGUUGGCUGCUGGGAUGAGGCCGCAUGAGAAGGAAGAGGUAUGGAGAGGAUUGGGAGAGUGGGUGAAGAGGAGGAGGAUAGAGAAGGGGAUACCUGAUGAGGGGGGCUUGAAGCUCGAAGUGGUCGGGGAUGGUGAAGGUAUGGAGGCUGUGAAGGAAGAGGUGGAGGAAGCUAUGGAGACAUGA